UGGCUACAGUCUGCCACCCACAUGCUCCAGCUCAUGGGUGCCGCACCCGACACGUGGGUGGCUCACCUCUCCACGCGCCUGCGUGGCGGUCCUUCCGACGCCUGGGAGGAUUUCUACGCUUACUCCGUUCGUGCAGGUCGGACUCCGACCUUCAUGGAUUUCCAGGCGUUCUUCGAGGAUCGCUUCGGAGCCCGAUAUGACGUGACUGACGCCUUCGAGCGUGUCGUCACUACACGCUGGUCCGACUCUGGUGGCGCUGCCGGCCUGGAUCGCCACAUCCAGGUCUUUCAGGACGCCCGCCUCUUUUGUGACAUGGCGUUCCUCCCCGAGGCGGCCCUUAUCGAUCGUUUCUUGGCCAGCCUUCUGCUCGAGUACCGCUCCGAGCUAUGGCGGUACGAGUUCACAUCGGCCUCGCAGGCUUACGAGGCCGCCAGGGACCAUCAGCGGAUGCGGGCCUGUCUUCGUCCCGCCUCCUCCUCCCAGCCUCAGCGCACGGGCCACGCCUCCUCCUCCUCUCACGACACUUCCCAGCGCCGUUCCCCUUUCCGUCGUCGCCCCCGCCGUUCCGCGCAGCAGGGCCGCCACUUCUCGCGCCGCUUCAGCGCGUUCGAGUAUGGUGAGCAGGACGCUGGUGCCCCGCUGUCGCCAGAGGGUGACCAUAGCGACGACCUCAACCUUGGCGAGGCCGCUCGUCAGGAGCGACUCACCCUCCACGUUGUAGCGCUGCAUCGCCUUCUCGCCAUCCUCUCUAACCCUGAUCGCACCCUCCCGAUCAUCCCAGUACGACUCGGGACCUCCACGAGGGUGUACUCAGCGCUGUGGGAUUCCGGUUCUCGGGGCGACUUCAUUCACCCACUUGUGGUGAAAGAACCCCGCUUACCCACGAUAGGGCCUCCGACUCCCAUCUCUGUCACCCUAGGGGAUGACAAGACUCAACGCUUCUUCGAUCAGACGGUCACCGACCUCCCUUUCUUCCUCACUCUCGAGCCGACUGAUCGUCCCCCGGCGUCUCAUCGCCACCGCUCCUCUGCACAUUUUGAUGUGAUGGAGACGGGGUACGACUUCAUUCUCGGCACUCCGUGGUCUCGUCGGUUCCGCAACACCGAGGCCAAUUGGGCGACCAACACUCUCGUUCUCAAAACGAAGUGUGGACAGACGUAUCGCGUACCUUUCGUAGGUACCACUGCGACACCACGCCCUGAUCCUCCUCCCCCGGAGCCUUCGGUGCCCACACCAUCUCCUUCUAUCACUGUCACCUCGCCUCGGCAGUUCACUCACUUCAUCCGACAGGACGACGUCACCUUCUUUAUGGUGAGCGUUACGGAUCUCCUACACUAUGAUCCACCCAGACCCGACGCCGAGCUCAUUCCUCUGGAGCCAGAUCCCCCUUCUAUCUCCAUGGCUCCCAUCUCUACUUCCGCCCCUCCGCCGUCCGUCGAGUCCACCCCGCCGUCGCGCGCUGACGCUGACACUGAGGAACUCGCACGCUAUACGACCGACCUGGAGCCCGCAGUUCGUGACCUCAUUCGAGAGUACCACGACGUUUUCCCAUCGCCGUUCUCGUACGCUGGCAUCCCAUCGAUGCGCGACGUUGAGCACUCCAUCCCGCUUGUGCCUGACUAUCGUGUUCACCACCAGGCACCCUACAGACUCUCGAUCCUCGAGGCCACCGAACUCAAGCGUCAGCUUGAGGAACUCCUGAGACUGGGUUUCUUUAAACCCAACAACUCCCCGUGGGGUGCACCCGUCCUCUUUGCUCGCAAAGCGGAUGGAACUCUCCGUCUCUGCAUCGACUAUCGCGGCCUCAACCACUACACAGUUAAGAACAACUACCCCAUGCCUCGUUCCGACGAGCUGUUCGACCGCCUAGCAAACAACCGCUUCUUUACGAAGAUUGAUCUUCGUAGCGGUUACCAUCAGAUCCGCGUCGCUGCACCCGACCAGCCGAAGACAGCGUUCCGAUCACGCUUCGGCCACUACGAGUUCGCAGUGAUGCCAUUCGGCCUCACCAACGCACCCGCUACCUACCAGAGGGCGAUGAACGGCAGCUUCAGGGACAUCCUGGAGCAGUACGUUCUCGUUUACCUCGACGAUAUCCUGGUCUACAGUCGUACCCUGGAGGAGCACCUCAGACACCUCCGCGGCGUCCUUGACUGCUUGCGCAGACAUGGCUUCUUCGCCAAGCUGAGCAAGUGCCGCUUUGCCCAGCACAAAGUGGAUUUCUUAGGACACUACGUGUCUGACCAGGGUCUCCACAUGGACGACGCGAAGAUCACUGCUAUUGCGAAGUGGCCCGCUCCCACAUCCGCCAAGCAGCUUCGCAGCUUCCUAGGCCUGACCAGCUACUAUAGUGAUUGUCCGAUAGCCUUCUACUCUCGUCAGCUCCUGCCCGCCGAGAUAAACUACACUGUCGAUGAACGUGAGGUUCUCGCAGUAGUUUAUGCCACUCGACACUGGCGUCACUACCUGCAUGGGGCACCUUUCACGGUGCGCACGGACAACUCUGUUGUCCAGGCUUUUCUGACAAAGCCGAAGCUCGCACCUCGACAGGCUCGCUGGUGGCGCGACCUAUCCGAGUUUAGUUUCACCACUGAGCACAUCAAGGGUGAGACUAAUCGGGUCGCAGAUGCCUUAUCCCGACACCCUGACCACUCCCAGGAGCAGAUCCAGCUCUCUUCCAUCUCGGUCACCACUGUCCACCACUCGGUGAUCGACGAGUUUCGCACUCAGUACUGCCACUGCCCCGACUAUCGUGACAUCCACGCGACCCUUCGGAGUGGCAAGACCGUCCCGAACUACUCUCUCGGGGACAACGGUCUCGUGUACUGGCACGGUUCACAGGGCACCAGAGAGCCCCGUAUUUGUGUUCCCUCCACUGGACAGCUACGUGUCCGAGCAGUAGCAGAGUUCCAUGACCAGGCAGCCACCGGUCAUAUGGGCUUCCACAAAACGUUGGCUCAUGUGAGCCGCCUGUACGUCUGGCCGAAGUGCAAGGACUUUGUGAAGGACUACGUCGCAGAGUGUCCCACCUGUCAGGAGGUGAACAGUGCGAACCACCUUCCUUAUGGUUUGCUCCAGCCUCUUCCUAUCCCUGAGGGUCGUUGGCAAUCCAUCUUGAUGGACUUUAUCGGUCCUCUUCGUCCAUCGAACCCCCCCAGUCAGGAUGCUAUCCUGGUCGUCGUCGACCGCUUCACGAAGCGUGCACGCUUUGUUCCGUGCCGCUAUGCCAUCAGUGCAAGUGAGGUCGCCGACAUCGUGUUUGACCGAGUGGUGCGUGACCACGGCUUACCUCUGAGCAUCAUAUCUGACCGUGACCCGCGCUUUACCAGCCGAUUCUGGCGACGGCUCCACGAGGUGUACGGCACCCAGCUCCGCUUCUCCUCGUCUUACCAUCCUCAGACUGAUGGUCAGACCGAGGUCACGAACAGGACUCUCGGAGAUAUUCUCCGAAAGAUCGUUCGUGACGACCAGCAGUGGGAUCACCAUCUUGCCCACGCGGAGAUAGCCUACAACCACGCCGUGUCGCCAGCCACGGGGAUGUCGCCUUACUAUUGCGAUCUCGGUUAUCACCCUCGUGUUCCCGCGGACUUCCUUCGACCUACUCCAUCCACUCCAGUUUUGCUACUUCAGCUCGUCGAUAUUGCGGCUCUUCCUCGACGGCAUUCCGGACUUCUCAUCGUGGACGUCAUCGGCAGCUUCAUGGACUUCGUCACGAUCAGCUCUGCCUACUUCAGACGUCGUCACUCUCCUACUACUUAACCCUGUACAGUACCCUGCUUGUGUCGCAUGAUGGUCUCCCUUUAGCCGGGUUCCU